UCGCCUUUACUAAUAUUUUUUGUCUUUUCUUUUCUUCCCGAAACUCUCAACCAAAGCGGUAACGGGGAGAUCCCGAUUCAGUUGUGUGAAGUAGAGAGAGAGGGAGGGAGGGAGGAAGGAGGGAGAUGGGGGAGGAGAGGAAGCGAGUGUUGGUGGUGGGAGGAACAGGCUAUCUAGGCCAGCACCUCCUAGAAGGGCUCGCCAGGGCAAACGGAGGAUCCCGCUACGACCUGGCCUUCACCCAUCACCGUCCGAUCCCACCCCAGGAGCUCAUCGAUGCCAUCUCCCCAGUGCUCCCCUUCCGCGUCGAUCUCAUCGCCGGCGAUGGCUUCGACGCCAUCUCCGCCAAAUUUGGCCAGCCACAUAUUGUUGUUAAUUGCGCUGCACUCUCCGUUCCCCGUGCUUGUGAGACGGAUCCUGUAGCUGCUAUGGCUACUAACCUGCCUUCUUCCCUUGUAAACUGGUUAUCAAGCUUCAAUAACAACGGAACUCUUUUGAUUCAUCUUUCGACCGAUCAAGUUUAUGAUGGGACGAAAUCAUUUUACAAAGAAGAGGAUGCGACAAAUCCUGUAAAUAUGUAUGGAGCAUCCAAAGUAGCUGCAGAGCAGUUUAUCAUGGCAAAGUAUCCAAACUAUGCAAUCCUGCGAAGUAGUAUAAUCUAUGGGCCACAGACAAUUUCACCUGUUGCAAAGUCUCUUCCAGUCCAGUGGAUUGAUAGCGUUCUUUCGCCUGGGAAGGAAGUUGAAUUUUUUCAUGAUGAGUUUCGUUGCCCUGUGUAUGUUAAAGAUAUGGUGAAUGUUAUAUUAACUCUGAUUAGAAAGUGGAUAUCAGACAUGUCUGGGCUUCCACCAUCACUUUGUUCCCAACCUCACCUGAUGCGUUGCUCCAAAAGCCAGUAACCAAGAUAAUGGCCUGACAAAUGAUGCACAACAGAAGGAAUUGAUCUCUAAGAGGGAGAAAAUGCAACCAAAGAAGAAACAAAUACAUGAUAGCCCAGCCCAUAAAGCUUAGGAAACGCAGCCUAGAUCAAAACCACACUUACACUUCAUCUUGCAUCUCCUGAGUCUGCGAAGUUAUCCGACCUGCUUGCUUGCCACAUCUUCGAUCAAGCUUCUUUGUCCUGUUUCAGAUUACCAUUAUAUUUUAUUUGGUGUUUUCCUUUCUUUCUUUUUGUAUUUUUCCUGUGCAGUAGUUUUAUUUCUUGUAAUUAGUUUUUUCUUGAUUAAACAAAAAAUUGCAAAGGUUAUUUUAACAUCUGAGUGAAUACUGAUAAGUGCAUCUGUA